GGGGCAGGACUCGUGGCGCUUUGGUCCCUGCAAAGUUCUCUCGGUCUUUUCCUGCAGACACGGAUCCAGCCAUGUCAAAGCCAAAGGAUGCAGCCUCUUCUGUCAUCCACACCCAGCAGCUGCAUGCUGCCAUGGCAGACACCUUUAUUGAGCACAUGUGCCUGCUGGAUAUCGACUCCGAGCCUGCUGUGUCUCGCAACACCGGCAUCAUCUGCACAAUUGGACCUGCCACCCGAUCUGUGGAGAUGGCCAAGGAAAUGAUCAAGGCUGGGAUGAACAUUGCAAGAAUGAACUUCUCCCAUGGCACACAUGAAUACCACGCUGAGACUAUCAAGAAUGUCCGCGAUGCAACGGAGAGCUUUGUACCUGGAUCUGUUGACUACAGACCAGUGGCCAUCGCUCUGGACACCAAGGGACCAGAAAUCAGGACUGGACUUAUCAAAGGCAGUGGCACCGCUGAAGUUGAGCUGAAAAAGGGUGAAACCAUUAAGAUCACACUCGAUGACCAGCACACAGAGAACUGUGAUGAGAAAACUCUGUGGCUGGACUACAAAAACAUCACCAAGGUUGUGCAGGUUGGAAGCCACAUCUAUGUUGAUGAUGGUCUCAUUUCCCUCAAGGUUAAAGAAGUCGGCAGUGACUACUUGAUGUGUGAGAUUGAGAACGGUGGUAUGCUGGGCAGCAAGAAGGGCGUCAACCUGCCUGGAGCUGCUGUUGACCUGCCUGCAGUGUCGGAGAAGGACAUUCAGGACCUGCAGUUUGGAGUGGAGCAGGGUGUUGACAUGGUCUUUGCCUCUUUCAUUCGUAAGGCCGCUGACGUUCAUGCUGUCAGGAAAGUGCUGGGCGAGAAGGGCAAGGACAUCAAGAUCAUCAGCAAGCUGGAGAACCACGAGGGCGUGCGCAAAUUUGAUGAGAUCCUGGAGGCUAGUGAUGGCAUCAUGGUGGCCCGUGGAGAUCUGGGGAUUGAAAUCCCAACAGAGAAGGUCUUCAUCGCCCAGAAGAUGAUGACUGGCAGAUGCAACAGGAUCGGCAAACCAAUCGUCUGUGCCACCCAGAUGCUGGAAAGCAUGACCAAGAAGCCUCGCCCUACUCGUGCUGAGGCCAGUGACGUUGCCAAUGCUGUGCUGGAUGGCAAUGACUGCAUCAUGCUGAGUGGUGAGACAGCCAAGGGAGACUACCCCCUGGAGGCAGUGCGCACACAGCAUUUGAUUGCCCGUGAAGCUGAGGCAGCCAUGUUCCACAGGCAGAUGUUCGAGGAGCUGCGUCGCCUCUCUCAUUUGACCCGUGACCCCACAGAGUCCGUCGCCAUUGGUGCCGUUGAGGCUUCCUUCAAGUGCUGUGCCAGUGCAAUCAUUGUGCUAACCAAGACUGGCAGGUCUGCUCACAUGCUGUCAAGAUACAGGCCCCGUGCCCCCAUCAUUGCUGUGACCCGCUGUGGUCAGACCGCCCGCCAGGCUCACCUGUACCGCGGUAUCUACCCUGUGCUCUACACCAAGCCUGCCAGCGACGUCUGGGCUGAGGAUGUUGACCUGCGUGUAAACUUUGCCCUGGAAGUUGGCAAGCACCACAAAUUCUUCAAAACUGGGGACAUGGCCAUUGUUGUGACCGGGUGGCGUCCAGGCUCCGGCUACACAAACACCAUGAGGGUUGUGCUGGUGCCUUGAAUGUCAUCAAAAGACAUCAGGAACUACUUCCCUUCCCCUCUUCGGUAGCCCACCUUCUCUCCAUGUCGAACUUUCUUACAGCGUUCAGAAAGAUAAAACAAAGGACUUCUGAUGACAUCU